AUGGCACAAAAAUCGUCGAGAUCAUUCUUAAAACAACAAACAGAAAAUCAAAGAAAAUAUAUUCAAUAUGAUAAUGAUCAUGAACAAGCAAAACUAUUUGCUCGUACAUAUGAAAAAAGUAAACGACGUUCAUUCGGAUCAGCAUCAUCGAGAGUCAGUGUCCAUUCUCGAGACAGUAUUCUUAAAUGUGAUGAUUAUCAAGCACCAUUAAGUUCUAAAUCAUUAAAAAAAAAUUCUAACUGGCUUAUAGUUCGACGAAAUUUGCAUCGUAUAAGAUAUUUGGGUGGAAAAAACGACAAUUCGGAAACAUUACCUGACUUUUAUUUAAGUUUUCAAAUGAUACGUGAAUUAACACGUGCACAAGAUGAAAUAAAAAAUAUUGAUCGUAAUGAACAUUUUCAAAUAAUAAAACUAUUUAGUUUAGCCGUUGACAACUAUAAAAUAAAAAUAUAUAAUACAGCACAUAUAACGCCGAAUGAUGCUCUAUUUUAUGAUCGUUUAGGUGAUGAACCAUUGGCAAUACAAAAUUUAUUAUUUUAUUUUAGUCAACAAGACGUUCAAUAUAAAACUGUAUUUUGGGAAUUUUUAAAUGAAGUUACUCGUGUUUUGGAUUUAAAUCGUAAACGUGUAAAACGUGUUCAUACAUUACGCAAAAUAGCAGCAACAUUAGCAAUUAUAUUAUUCUCAAUAAUUGGUUUUAUGUUUUUAUUAUUAAUAGUUAGUCUUUUAUAUACAACAUCAAAAUUUGAUGAUCCUCAAGUUACGUUGAAGAAGGGAUAA